UAAAAUCGAAGCAUCAUGGCUGGUUUAAAAUUAACUGUUUUGUUUUUGUUUGUUAAUGUUAUCUGCUUCGCUGUUGCUCGAGUAAUUGGCCGAAAAUCGCUGGCAGAGCGGACAUCUGAGAUAUUAAUACGGAUUCCGGAGGGGAUACCAGACAGACCAUGGUUUCCAAUUGAUCCACCGCACUUUACGAUAAAGCCACCUAAGCCAACAUACCCUCCUGUGUCACAGAGAAGCGAACUGGAUCUGGCAUUUAUCAUGGACACAACCGGAAGUAUGUCUUCAUACAUAAGCAACGUUCGACAACAUAUUAAGGAUCUUGUCGACGCAAUUGCUGCUAGCUCGAGCACUAAUCUACGGAUCGCUCUAAUUGAAUACAGGGACCAUCCACCACAAGAUAGGUUUUUUGUAACUCGCACUCACCACUUCACAAGCUCUGUGUCGACAAUGAAAUCAUGGCUUAAUGCAGCACGGGCACAAGGGGGAGGAGACGGGCCAGAAGCCGUCGCUGACGCUAUGUUUCAAGCAACUACUUUAAGUUGGAGACCAAAUGCGGCAAAAAUAAGCGUUCUUGUAACGGACGCUCCACCCCAUGGUCUUGUUUCAUCAGGGGACUCAUUCCCGAGCGGGUGCCCUAGCAAUCAUGAUCCAAUUGAUAUUGCACGCACAUUAGCGAGGAGAGGAAUUACUUUGUACACAGUGGGAUGUGAACCAUCCGUCGUUCCAUACACAGAUUUCUUUAUGGCGUUGGCUUACUUGACCGGUGGACAAUACAUUCCUCUGUCAGUUCCCCGUGUUCUCACUGACGCUAUAAUAGCGGGAGCUAAAGAAGAACUUUCAUUAAAGAAAUUUUCUGCAGAUGUUAAAACGGAAGUAAAGAAAGCUGUUUCUGCUGGCAGAGUUGUUAACGAAAGGCAGAUUGCACAGUCUGUGUUUGCCAAAUUGAAGAGUGAAGGUGCGACAGCGAAACAGCUUUUGAAAAACAAUAAACCAUUAGAAGGUGCAACUGCACAAGCUAAAGCUAUUGCAGGGGCUACAACUUUGGCAGAUGCAAAGAAAAUUUUUACACCAAGACCGAGAAGUGGAGGAAGUCCUGGUGGUCGUCCUAUAAGCUCUGGUAUUCGACCUACGAUUGGUGGAGGCAGUCGUAUAAGCUCUGGUAUUCGAAGUAGUGUUGGUGAAAAAAUGGAUAUUCCUGCAGCUAGAAUGGCAACAGCUGUCGGUUCCUCAGGUUCAAGUACAUCAGGAGCAGGUGAAUCUUUCGCAGCGGUUGAAAAAGCCGUAAGCCUUGACCAAAUAAGCCGUCUAGUGAAACUAGAAGCCGCAAAAAUGUCUGUGUAAUUUAUAUUGUUUUGUGUGCUAACACUGUAAAUACAUUCAAGACAUUUUAGACAGACUUGUUGUUUCAAGCAUAAUGGGAAAAGCGCAAUAAGAAGAUACUAGCUGCCAGUAUUACUGAAGUAAAAUACGUGAUAUUAUAUAUUGUUUUGUGCAUUGAAAUGUUAAUGUGAAGAGAGUCAAGAAGGUAAUUUACUGUAUAUAUUUUAUAGCAUUGAAAUGCGUAAUCUGAACGAUUUCUGCAUCAAUGGUUUUGUGGCAAUGUAGAUAUUAUUUAAGCAGAAAAGUAUAAGGCUUCAUUAGCAUAUUCUGACUGAAUAUAUUUCAACGAUGGAAGAUGACAUUGCAGACAUCGCACAUGAUAUCUCACGAAGUUUUACACUAUUUCAUGGUUUCAUUUUUACUAUAUCUCAGUUAUUACUAAAUGGAUUUGAUUGAAACUUAAAAUAGAUGUUCAACCUUAUCACCCACAUCAUGUAACACAAAGUGUACAACUCUGACACAAAUAUUUCGUGAAUUAUGCCCCCUUUUACUUAGAAUUUAAGGUUAAUUUUGAUGCAUUUUCACUAUAUCUCAGUUAUUGCUAAAUGGAACUUAAAACAGAUGUUUCACCUCAUCACCCACCUCAUAUGACACAAGGUGCAUAACUCUGACGCCAAUGUUUCAUGAGUAAUGCCCACUUGUACGUAGAAUAUAAUGUUAACUUUGAUGAAUUUUCACUAUAUAUCAUUCUAAUUGGCUUAGAGCCAAAGGGAAGUAAACUUUUGUACUGAAUUUCUACCCCUAAAACUCCAAGAAUUAUCUCUUUUUAGAAAUUCUAUUUUAGAUUUUCAAUAUUUUAGGUAUUUUUCUAACUUUUUUUACAAUUUGUCCUAUGUAAAAAGUAAAGACAUUUUUUCUGUGGUAACAUGUGUCUGGAAGACAUUAUUUUGUAUUCAAUUUUAGUGUAUCUCUUAUAUUAGAGAUUGUUAUAUUUACCUCAUCCCUCAUCCUGGGCUCAUAUUUUUUUCAAGUAUUAAGUUUUUUUUUCGUUUUAUAUUAUUCUAAAUUUCAAGAUUAUGGUUGAUGCCAUUCUUCUGUGACAAGACCGUAUGGUGUGGGUAUAAAAGAUAAUAGGUAAGGAUAGAUUUUUCGGAAGCACAGAACACCAAAACACAGCACCAGAGCCACGCAUUUACAUAGUAGGCCCACAACCAAAGAAAAAGCUAUAAUGGAAAAAUAGUUCAGACGGAUUGCUUCUAACAUCCAACAGGUACAUAUUAAUUUAAACUAAAUAUUGAUAAAGGGGGAAGAAAUAGUAAGGGGCGAAAUGGGGUCGAGGUGAGGGAGGAAUCCGAAGGGGCAAGUUGAACAAGGACGAAUAUACAAAGGGAAUGUCAUGUCGCACUACAACGUACACUCAUGUACCAAAUAUAAACACACAACGACGAUCAACUGAAUAACAUAGAAAAACGAACAAGCAACACAUAAGAAAACAGUAGGGCACCUUUAUAGACUCACAAGCAUACAAACGCACCCACACAGGUAGGAAAAAAACAGUCAAGGACCGUCUAGGGAUUCAGCUGCCAAACCUAAGGGGACCACGAAACCAUACUUAAAGUAAAGGGGAGGGGAUGCAAAAAGUAGCGUAAAUGUAAGGGAAAGAAGAGGGCAAAAGGGGUAGUGGGGCGGAGGAAAAUCACUUACAACAAACAAGAAAACAUAAGCAACACACAAUACAAGACAGAAAAAACAACCUGUUGAAAAUAGGGGCACAGCCUUGGAACGGUCAGUAACCUAAAUAAAGGAAACUGGGGGUUUAAACGCGUUUAGGGUAUGCCAACCUUGCACUUACCCUAUUUUCAAUAAGUUAGACAACGCACUGAAAAUAAAAAUUCCUAACAAUCCCUAUAAGUCACUCCUGUGACAGUUCUAGUUUCCCCAAGGGUGUCUAUUAAGUACUGUCACGUGAAUAAACGUUUCUUUAUGAAUUUUAAUCAAGUAAAGCUUAGUCCUCAAAAUGCAAAGAAAAUAUAUGUUUCAAACUCGAUCUGUUAAGAGUUAUGUGAAAGACAUAUUUUAAGGCGUUUUAGUGUAUAUAUGCUAUUUGUAAUUAACAAAUAAAGUUCAAAUUAAACAUUUUGAGAAUAUUUUCUUUUAUGUAGCUCUUUUGUUUAAAUACAAAUGAAAGGUGAAGCAUACAAUGAAAUAUACGUCGGAAAAAAUAAUUUGUCCGAUGCCUGCAAUAACAUUUAUACUGAUUGUUGUUGUUUUAAUAAAAUCUGUAAAAAGAUCUUUUGGAAGCAUAGAAUGCAACCAAGCAGAAUAAUAGCAGACUCCGUUUGACUGACUCUGUUCAUGAGAGGUAAUGCAAUUUGUAACACAUCUCACGGCUUUUAAACGCAGGAGACACAGGAUUAGCGACUGCUAAAUGCAGUAAAAUAGGAGUUUCUGAGUUUUCUUUUGUGUUCGUUUUCAUCAAUUUACAAGAAAAAUAUAUCUUUAUUCGCUUUAUUUAUCUAUUAAAGCAGUGAUUAGUAACGGCAACUCAAAGACGUCAAUGUCAAAAACAUGUUUAAUGCUUCACUCUGGUAAGAGUCAUGUCACUAUUAUGUUGCUACUUAAUUGAAGUAUAUGAAAAUUGAAUAGAUGAAGUAAGAACAAACAGGACUUUUCCAAAUUACCUAAUAACAUGAAAUCAGCACUGAUAUACAAAUAAACUGGUUGUAAUAAAAAUGUGUUCCACACGGUGGUCAUUCCAUUAGGUUCCCUGUUCCAUCAAGGUUUACAUAUCAGUUCGCCAGCACAGUAGAAUGAUUUAUUACAUGUAUUACACUGGCGAAUUUCGUUUAUAUGUCUUUUCAGGUUUGAUUUUGUUGAUAUGUUUUAUAGCAUAUUUAGCACAUGAAGAUAUAACAAUAAAAGAAAAAUGCAACGA